CGAGGGGCGGGGAGGGGAACCGAGCCUCUGCCCGCCGAGCCCCGGACCCCGACCGCUGCGGCCUUGCCCAGCCCCGGAGCCGCCGGGACCAGCAGCAGCAGCAGCAGCAGGACCGGCAGGAGCAGCAGGAGCAGCAGGGAGCGGGGUCUGGAGGAGGGGGCUCAGCCGCCCCCGUGCCCUGCCUCCCCUCCCCCCCCCCGUGCCGGCCGAGGCUCGGGGUGCGGUGCUGUGCGUUGCGGGAUGAACAUGAGCCAGGCCGGGGCGGUGGCGGCGGGCGCGGCGGGGCUGCUCGCCGUGCUGCUCUACGCCUCCAUCCACCGCAUCGACGAGGGACACCUCGCCGUCUACUACAGGGGAGGAGCUUUGCUAACUAGCCCCAGUGGACCUGGCUAUCAUAUCAUGUUGCCUUUCAUUACCACAUACAGAUCCGUGCAGACAACACUACAGACCGACGAAGUGAAAAAUGUGCCUUGUGGGACCAGUGGUGGGGUCAUGAUCUACAUCGACCGGAUAGAAGUGGUGAAUAUGCUGGCUCCUUGUGCAGUGUUUGACAUUGUGAAGAACUACACUGCAGACUACGAUAAGACGUUGAUCUUCAAUAAGAUCCACCAUGAGCUGAACCAGUUCUGUAGCGCCCACACACUUCAGGAAGUUUAUAUCGAGUUGUUUGAUCAGAUAGAUGAGAACCUGAAGCUGGCCUUGCAGAAGGAUUUGAACGUCAUGGCUCCGGGGCUGACGAUUCAGGCCGUGCGUGUUACAAAACCCAAAAUCCCAGAGGCCAUAAGAAGAAACUUUGAGCUAAUGGAGGCUGAGAAGACCAAACUCCUUAUUGCAGCACAGAAGCAAAAGGUGGUGGAGAAAGAAGCAGAGACCGAGAGGAAGAAGGCAGUGAUAGAAGCCGAGAAGACCGCUCAAGUGGCAAAAAUCCGGUUUCAGCAGAAGGUCAUGGAGAAGGAAACGGAAAAGCGCAUUUCUGAAAUCGAAGAUUCCGCCUUCCUGGCCCGGGAGAAGGCAAAAGCGGAUGCCGAGUUCUACACCGCCUACAAGCACGCCACCUCGAACAAGCUGAAACUGACCCCCGAGUACCUCGAGCUGAAGAAGUACCAGGCCAUCGCCGCGAACAGUAAGAUCUACUUUGGCCGUAACAUCCCCGGUAUGUUCGUGGACUCCUGUCCCCUCAAAGCGGCGGGUGGCAACGCCAGGACAGUGCGAGAACUCUCUCUGCUCUCCAAGGAGGCCCCCGCUCCCACGGGGAGAAGCCCGGUCCAGAGCCCCCAGAGCACAGGUUGAUGCAACAGGUGGAAAUGUUCACACUUGGCAAGCAGCCCCGGGGACCCAGGUGCGGGGGGUGAGGCUGGCCGCCUCCAGCCUCACAGAGUGCUGGAUCCCUCCCCUCCUGCCCCUGCUCUCUGGGGCGGACUCGGUCUCUCCACAGACUCACGGGGACGCCGCCCCGCUUUUUGGAUUGGCUCUUCCAGCCACGGUUUGUUUCAGGCUCCUUUGUAAACCGGUGCUUGUGAACGAGGGAGAAACUCUCCAUCCUGAGCUACUGCCUGCACUGGAAUGUUCAAAUAGAUUUCCGCCCGGCCCGCCGCUGCGGCUCCACGUCGCCUCAUCCCGUCUGCAUCGGUCUCUGCGGGGCCCGGGAUGGGGAUGAACCCCACGUUGACCGACCCGAUUGCAUCUCGGCCGAGGGGGGCGCUCUCACGGAUGGCCGUUCGCGUCUGACCCGGCGGUUUACUAGUUUUACGCUGUCGGCCUCGCCCGUCCCCCACCCGAGCCCCGACUGUGGGAAGGCUUCCUGGGGCAGCCAGGUUUGCGGGCCUCAUGACAGUCUUCGCUCACCUCAAGCGCGGUGUCGCCGGCGGGCAUCAUCACCCUCCUUCCUUGGCACCGGCCCAUCUCGAGGAAUCGGAAAGCCGAGCCAACCGCGGUUGUCAUCCCGACCCCGGGCAGGCAGCCAAGUAAGAGGGUAGAGCAGGGGGCAGUCAAUGCCUGUUCGCUCGACUGCACUGUUGCCCAAAAAAAUUCCAGCAACAAGCAAAGUGCUGACCCCAGCCUUGGCUCCCAGCACGGGCUCAGAGCCGGGGGCGGCCGUGAUGGCUCGCGGCUGGGCUGGAAGGAGGCGGCCACGCUCCACCGCUCCUCCCCGAUUCGAAGCGGUAAGGUCCGAUCCCCUGUCCUUGGGCCCCUGACCCCGUGGGAAUGCUGCUUUUGAAGGCUGGGGGCAGGAAAGCAAAGAUACCCCUCCCUCCCUUCAGCCCCGCAAGUGCCAAAUCCAGUCAAGGUGGCGGCGCCUCUGGGCCAGUACUCCAGAUGGAGGACAGAUCCACGUUUGAUGUGCAACAGGGCCCCAGAUCCUGCUGCUAGGGGGCGGGGGUCAUUUUUUUUCUUCAAGACAGUUGCCUUCCACAUUUUGCUCCCUCUGAAAUGGUACCAAGCCCAAAUAUUUUUCUUGAACUCACAAAUCUGGGCUACUGUCCUUCUUGUGCUUCCUUAGUGACUUCUGAUUUUAAUGAAUUAGACCGAAAAUUAGGCCCUGAGAUGACGACCCCACUUGUACAGUGCAGACAUGCCCCGUUAUGGAGGGGGCUGUGUUAGAGCCUGGUUAAACCCACUUCCCUCCCUGAAUGAGCCCCGACCUCCCCUUCCCUCAGGGCCGUUCCUCCGGCGAAACGAUGCUGUAAUCUUGGAAGUUGAAAUUUAUAUGUUGCAUUUUUUGAUAAAAUAAAAUUAUUUUACUACCA